AAAAAGAUUAUCACCUAGCAACUCAUCAUCAAAAUCAACUUUGCUAUAGUUGAGAAAAUCAUUUUUUUCGUGUUGACUGAAAGACUUGCCAAAUAAAUGACCUCAGUGCCAUCGUGGCGGGUCGAGGUCACGUGUGACGAUGGCCAGGUGUUACCUGAAGAACAUACAACGACUGCCUCGAAAAGACCCAGCACCAUCUUGUCUUUCUCAGAGGUGGAAGAGUGGCUGGAUGACCAUCAACAAAGUGCAGAAGAUUAUUUUCUUCGAAAAAUGGACAUAAACCGCUGGCUCAUGACCCAUGGGUUUUUGUCCAUCCGUGAAUACGUAAAUUCUCGGCGAAAUUCGGAAACAUUGGUCAACAGUGACGAGCUGUCCCCCGUCGAAAGAGCUUCAGGCUACUUCAGCGACGGGCCGGACGUAACCCCACACAGGCGGUCAAAUUCAAAAAAACAUUUACGUCAAAAAUUUGCUCGAUCAAAGAAGAUUGGCAAACAUUACAAGUGCGAAAAGAUAAGCCAGAGUGCCGACAGUCCCACACACGUCCGGAAAAGCAGUUUACGGGAUUUACGGAGGUAUCUCUCUUUACCUUCCCGGUCUAUUCACAUGUUGAAUCUCCUUACUGAAUCCAAGGUUCGAAUACCGCGUUUACCCUCAAAAGGAUUGGACUCGAAACGCGAGCUUCGAUUUUUAAAUGAAAGACAGUUCUUUCUGGAGAGUGUCCAGGAGAUAGCCCACGACCUAAAUGUUACGAGCUUAACCCAGAAAAUUGUCACCAACUUGGCCGUAUUUGUUGACGCUGAUUGCGCUACUUUGUUCCUCGUGGAAGGGUCGAAGGACAGACGAUUGCUCGUAUCCAGGGGGUUUGACGUUGAGUGCGGGAUGGGCACAGUUAUGACUAAUUCAAGAAAGGGCAGGGAACUCAAAGUACCUUUGGGAGUUGGGAUCCUGGGUCACGUGGCCGACACUGGGGAAACAGUGAACUUAGUCGAAGCUUUUGAGGACCCAAGGUACAAUGAUGAAGUCGACAAAAUUUGUGGCUAUAAGACAGCAUCUCUUCUAUGCAUGCCCGUCCGGAAUGCUGAUGACGAGAUUAUAGGUGUCGCUCAAGCGAUAAAACAAUGUGGCAAGCAACAGUUUACAGAGGAAGAUGAGAGGCUCGCCAAGACCUACCUAGAGUUCUGUGGUAUUGCCUUAACCAACGCUAACCUUUUCGAAAUGUCCCAAAAAGAGUACGAGAGAAACAGGUCGCUGCUAGAGGUUGUCCAUGAUCUAUUCGAAGAACAGACGUCUCUAGAGAAAGUAAUCCAUAAAAUUAUGCAGAGGGCGCAACGGUUGCUGAAGUGUGAACGAGCAGCCGUUUUACUCCUCGUUGAGGGAUCUGAUAACGAGAAUGUGAAAUUUUCCAAGACAUUUGAGUUAACUUCUCCUCCUCUUGCUCCGAUGUCCCCUGACACUAGCUUUACUCCAGCACCACAAUCAGAAACGUCCGUAGAACUUCUUCGUUUCGCUAAACGAGUCGCUUCCACAGGAGAGGUGCUGAACGUUAGCGAUCCCAUCAAGACACCGGAAGACUCAGGUCGUCAUAUCCGGUCACUGUUAUGUAUGCCAGUUAGAGAAAGGAAUUACAAAAUAAUUGGUGUCGCGACCAUCAUUAAUCGCAUAGACGGACUUCUCUUCGAUGAGAACGACGAGCAACUGUUUGAGGCCUUUACGUUAUUCUGUGGACUUGGAAUCAACAACACCCUUAUGUACAGUGAGCUAGAAAAAGCAAUGGCCCGUCAGAAAGUUGCGAUUGAGGUUAUCUCUUAUCAUGCUACUGCAACUCCCAAAGAUAUCAAGAAAUAUCUGGACCGUGAGGUGGCGGAGGUGAGAAGUUGGCAGCUGAGAAGUCUGAAGUUCGAUGAUUUCUCUUUAACAUCAGACGAGAUGGUAAUAGCAGCUAUCCAGAUGUUCGAGGACUUGGAUCUCUUGUCAAGGUUCCAUAUUGACGAGACAGUGACUUUGGCUCUUUUGUAUGGAAAUAAAGCAACAAUGGAACAACACCACUUUAAUCAUGCUGUUAUGAUUUUAUCCAGUGAA